GAACGGAUCAUGAACAGAUAUACUUAAUUUUAAUUAUUAUAUUGUCAAAAAUGAAUUCUUUUGACUACCCUUAAAAUUUUGUAUUAUUUAUUUGCAAUUAAUAAAGUUUUAUGUAUGUAUAUUUUUAUAUCUAAAUUUAAUAAUUUAUAUUGGCUUCUGAAUACAGUACUUUAGCUAAGAUAAAGAAAAAAGGAAUAACUAAAAUAUAAUGGACAAGCCUAAAAUUAAGUGUGCCGAAAUUUAUCAUCUAAAUUCUCAAUUAGAGAUUAUAUGUUCAAUCUGCUCAGAAACUUAUAAAAGAAUAUAUAGUUUUUGUGAUCAUUUAUUGGAGAAACAUUUUGAUCUUCAAAACGAUGAUUUUUUGGAGCACUUUUUGGAUCAGACAAAAGCAGUGGAUUCAAACUUUCCUCAUAAAGAAUUAAGAGACAGUCAAGAUGACUUAAAUAUUGAAAACAACGUUUUUGAAAAAGUUAAUUCCGAUGCUAAUGGUUUAGAUUUUGAAGACGAAAACAGUUUUACAUUGGAAAGUAAACCAAAUUUUUCUGAUUCUGCUAAAAACACUGUAUAUCUCGAAGAGGAAAAUGACAUGUUUCUGCAUUCAGUUUUAGAAAAAUCAAAUUCCGAAAUAGAUGCUUUGGAUGACCAGAGCUCUGAAUAUUCUACACUCAAAGAAUCCACGCUGCCUAAAUUGGGUGAUGAUAUUUUAGAAUUUGAUAAAAAAAAGAAAAACAAGUUACUAUCAGAAUUAUUGUCAAAUUUCGUUGAAUUAGAAUGUGGAAGAUUUUCCUGUAAAAUAUGUGGCAAUAAAAUAAGAAAAUAUUAUUUAAAAAGGCAUUUAACAUCUCAUGAUCAUAGCCGGUACAAGUAUAAAUGCAACAUUUGUCAGAAAUUAUUUGUUUCAGACAUUAGUCUUUCUUUACAUUCCCGUAACUAUCACAAGGAACUAAAACCUUUUAAAUGCGAACAUGAAAAUUGUAACAAAUCUUUUGUGGAUGAAAAAAGUUUGAAAGUUCAUUUAAGAUAUCACUAUGAGAGGCCUUACAAAUGUCCAAUGUGCCCUAAAGAAUUUGUUUAUAAUUCAAAAUUGAAAGUACAUAUUUCUAAUCACAGCAAAAAUAUUUCAAAAAAUGUAAAAUCAAAUUCGUCUAUAAAAGAAGAGCUGAACCACGAUAAUGAAACAACUGAAAAUAGUCUUAUGAAUACUAAUUCUGAAGUACACAUAUCCGACAAUGCUAAAACAGAAGAAUUUAAUGCAAAGAGAUUUAAGCAAGCUCAAAAAAUAAAAGUGAAAAAAAAAAUAAGUCGAAGUAAAGAGGGGGAAAAAGUAGUUUGUGAAGUAUGUGGAAAAUCAAUAACUAAACAUAAAUUAUAUUAUCAUUUAAAAGUUCAUGAUGAUUCCCGAUAUUCAUUUCAAUGUGAUAUAUGUAAAAAAAUGUUUAUUUCACAAAAAAGUUUAAGAAACCAUAUUAAAAUUAUACACACUAAAGAAUUAGAAUUUAAAUGCAGUUGGAAGGAUUGUGACAAAAAAUUUGUUGAUCAAAGCUCUUUGAAAGCUCACAUUAAUCGACAUGUAAGUGAUAGGCCAUUUAAAUGUUCAGCCUGCUUUAGAGGCUUUAUUUACGAAUACAAAAGGGAUUACCAUUACAAAACUUAUCACGUAAAUGGUCGAUCAUUUAAAUGUGACGUUUGUAAUAAAGGGUUUUACGAACAACAUGAUUUGAAUAAACAUAAAAUUAUACACUCGAAUGAAAGACCAUACGCUUGUGAUCAAUGUCCAGCAAAAUUUUUAAGAGAAAGAUGUCUUUUGUGGCAUAAAAAGCAACAUAGUGGCGUAAAGGAUUACAUUUGCAAAAUCUGUGGAAAGGGAUAUGCUUUAUAUAACGGUAUUUAUUCACAUAUGAAAAUUCAUGGGAUUAAAUAUUCUAAAGAUUAUGAAAAAGGAUUAACAGAUGAUUAUUUAAUAGAUGGUGAAUAUGAAAAACGUAUCUCAUAUAAUGGUAUUACAGCAAUUGAAACCACAAUUGGAUUUAAUUCAAGUAAUUCAUUAAGUUUACAACAAAUAUCAAAUGGAAAACAUUUAAUGCAAUUAAUAUAUGAUUCUACAUCAGAAUUAAUUGAUUGUGAAUAUAUUAGACGUAGUGAUGUUGUAGAAAAUUUUUUAGAACGUUUCUAUUCACAAUAUGAUAUUAUGCGUUUAAGGAAUUUUACAUCAAUGAUUAAUAUACCAAAAUUAAAAUCACCCUUAAUAUCAAAUCAUGAAUUUAAUAGAUUUAUUGAAGAUAAUAUAAUACCAGAUGAUUAUUAUGAUUUACAAAAUAAAAUUCCAAUUGAUGAUAUGUUCUCAGCUGGUAAAAUAACCUAUAAACAAAUAAAUAAUUAUAAUGAAUUACCAGAUAAUAUUAAAAUAAUGGUUAAUUAUCAUGAAUUAAAGAAAAAAUGUAAUAAAUUAAAUCAAGAAAUGAAAAAAAUUGCAAUGGAUUUAAAUAGUCAAAAUGAAAUGAAAAAAUUUGAAGCAACAGAACAUUUUGUAAGACGAAAACGUAGUGUUACAAAUUUAUUAAUUGCACCAAAUACAAAAUGGUGUGGUCGUGGACAAAUGGCUGAUAGUUAUAAUGAAUUAGGUGGUGCAUCAAGAGCUGAUAAAUGUUGUAGAAAACAUGAUUAUUGUAAAGGUAAUAUACCAGCAAUGACAACAAAAUGGCAUUUAUUUAAUUAUCGUCCAUAUACAAUAAGUCAUUGUAGCUGUGAUACAAGAUUUCGUACAUGUUUAAAAAUGGCUGAUUCAGCUGAUGCAAAUAUGGUUGGAAAAAUAUUUUUUAAUAUUGUUCAAACAAAAUGUUUUGUAUUAAAACCAGAAAAAGUAUGUAAAAUGCGUGAUGAAAAUGAUAGAUGCAUUAAGAAAGCAUUAAGAAAAAGAGCAUAUUUAAGAGAUAAUAGAAAAUUUUAACCACAUACAUAUUUAGCUUAUAUUUAAUUUAAUUAUAGAAAUUAAAAAUUAUUUAUAUAUAUAUAUAUAAAUGUAAUAAUAAGAGAAAAAAAAAUUACAAUACAUUUAAAUUUAAAUUUAAAUUAUUUUUAUUAAUUAAAUAAAAAAAAAAAGAAAUAU